UUUUCUCAAAUGGGAGUCCCUAUUCUAUUUGAAACCUGAACAACCAACAAACGCUCUUUCUGGUUAGUGCGCUAAGUAAAGCUCUCUCAUUCAAGAGGCUACUUCUCCACCAAAAUCUACUGUUAUGUCUUCACUCUGUCUUUGCUAUCCGUCCUUUCUCUCGCUGUCAAUAAUCCCAUGUCCAGGAAAACUUCAAUUUUCUAUGGAUCAUCAUCAACUCUCUCUUCUUGCCAACUUGGCUAAAACCUCGAGAUCUAAUCUGAGACACUUCUUAGCUCCAAUGGGUUUGCGUCUUUCUGAACAUCUCCUCAUCCAAUGCAGUUACCUUGGCUCUCCUCCUAAUAUACAAAAUGAAACUAGUGAGUUACUCUCUCAGAGGGCUUCUUUAUUCGUUAUUCAGGCAAAUUGGGAUCGAAGAUAAAGAAAUUAAAUUAAUUUUGGAGCAGAACCCAUCUCUAACUUCGACAACUUUGGACUCCGUACGAGCCCGAGUUUUUCUUUUACAGUCAGCUGGAAUUAAAGGCAUUGAACUAUAUCGUUUGAUUAUCAAAUGCCCAAAUGUAUUAACAGCUGAGGAAAUCGAUUACUUCUUUCACUUCGUGCUUAAUAGUUUGCCAGGAAAGAUUGAACCGCUGCAGCUCAAACGCCUUAUGACUGCCACUGAACCUAGAUUCUUGGUGGGUUUUGAUCGUAAGGUUAUGCUUCUCCUUGAUCAUGGAGUUCCCCAAGAAAAGAUCGUUCACAUUCUGAAUAAUGUAAAUUUAACCAAGGCAAUGUGCUUCAAGUCAAUCGAAGAAAUUGAUAGAACCACUACUUUCUUGAGCCGCUUUGGUGGAAUUAAUAUAAUUGUUAGGCGUCCAAUGAUUCUGAAUUUUGAUUUGGAUACUCAGCUGAUUCCAAGAGUAGAGUUUCUCAAGGAGCUUAGCGGAGGAGAUGAAGAUGCCACGAGGACUUUGUUGUGCAAACUCCCCGCAAUAUUGAGUUACAGUGUGGAGCACACAAAGGAGCAUGUAGAGUUGCUGAGGUCGUUUGCUGGCCUGACUGACCCACAAAUAUUCAAAAUUUUUGUAGUGUUCCCAAAUGUGAUUAGUGCAAGCAAGGAGAGGAAGUUGCUUCCUAGAAUAGGCUUUCUCAAGCAAUGUGGGUUGAAUUCUGAUGAUAUAUUCAAGUUCUUGACUAAAGCCCCCUUGUUUCUAGGCCUCUCCUAUGAAGAGAACCUUGUCCAUAAGCUUGUAUUUUUGGUGAAGAUUGGUUAUGAAUAUAGAACUAGGGAAUUGGCUGACGCACUGGGGGCUGUAACAAGAACAAGCUGUGAUAAUUUGCAAAAGGUGAUUGGGCUAUUCUUUAGUUAUGGGUUUUCUUCUGCAGACAUUCUUGCCAUGAGCAAAAAGCACCCUCAGAUUCUGCAAUACACCUAUAGUUCUCUCCAGGAGAAGAUGGAGUACUUGACUGAGGGAAUGGGUAGAGAAGUUGGAGAGCUAUUGGCUUUUCCUGCAUUUCUUGGUUACAAGCUUGAUGACAGGAUUAAGCAUAGGUAUGAAGCAAAAAAGAAAGUUAUAGGGGAAGGGAUGUCCCUCAAUAAGCUCUUGAGCGUAUCAGCUGAUAGAUUUUCAGCUGAGAAGGAAAAAUCCCAUUCUUGAUUGGCAGCUGAAUGAGUUGGAAAAUUUAGAUGGAGUUAGAUAAACUAUUUAAUAUGGCCCUAAGCUGCCUCCUCACCAUCCAGGAGAGGAAGAAAUUGAUGUUUUUAUCUCAAAUUUCAUUGAAGCUUGAAUGAACUUUGCUUAUGGACAAGUUUUGUUGAUGUCAACCAAAUUUGUAUUUUUUUUAGUCCAGUUUCCAGGGUAUUUAACCAUCCUGUUUCCCAAAAAUGCCAUCAAAUGGAACUUCCAAUUCAUUUGCAUUAA